AUGUUAGAAUCUAGUAUGGAACUAAAAUGCUCCAAAAACCAUGAUCUCCCUAUUUAAAUGGUUGUUUUUGACUCAAAAUUACAGAAAAAUGAAAGGUUAUUAUGUUCAGAAUGCUUGGACACUUUUGAUUCUGAUGCAAGAACCAUUGGAUUCAAGAAAGUAAUUCAAAUGAUUGAAGAUAAUAAGAAAAAGAAUAAAGAGAGAACAGAAAGUUAAAUAAUCUCUAUAGUAAAAUCAGUUGAAUAUUUUCAAUCAGAAAUUAUUCAAUUAAAAUCAUCGAUUAUUCAAUACUUGAAUGAACUGUUAAGAUUUACAAAUGAAUGGAUUGAAAACCUGAAUAAUCUAGGGUAAUAAACCAAUUAGGCAUACAGCUUUUUCAAAGAAUUAGAUGAUUUAAUUUAGAAUCCAAAGGGGGAUGAUUAAUAAAUUGCUUAUGCAGAUAUAGACAAAAUUAACUAUUCAUGGGGUUCGAAAUUGAUUCCAAAAUUAGAGCUAUUUUAAUCAUUCUAAGAAUAUUCUAAAUGUGAAGAAUGUUUGAAAAAAAUUCUAAAAGAAGAUACAUUUAAACAAAAUUCAAGUAAAAUAAUAUAACAACAGAGUAAUACAAUAAAUUCCUCAUAAGCACUAACAACAGAGUCAGGGAAUACCUAGAAUUUUGAGCCUUUAUAGCAGGAGAUAUAUUAAAAGCAGGAGAUAACUUAAAAGCAGGAGAUAACUUAGAUCAAAUUAAAAUUUAUUGAUGAUUCAUAGGAAUAAAAAAAAAUUUGCCCUUAAAUUACAUUUGACUCAAAAGCAUAGCUCUUAUUAACAUGCUCAACUGAUUAAUUUGAAAGAGCAAAAAUUCUAAUAUGGAAUUAUAAUAAUGGUAAAAUUAAAUUAAAAUCAACACUUUAAACAGGAGAUCGAGAUAAUAUUUAAGGAUUAAUUUUUAGCAAAAAGUAAACAAGAUUUAUUUCAUAUUAAACUAAAUUAUUAUGCUGGAAAUUAACCCCAUAAAAUGAAUGGAAAUCUUCAUAACCUGUAGGUAUUCCUUCUAGAGAUGGAUUUCUACCAUACUUAUAUUGUGCAGAAUUAAAUUAAGAUGAAACUGUUCUAUUUUGUGGAGAUUCUACUGGAUCAAUAUAAAUUUGGAAAUUAGAAUGGGAUUAAAAUGAAUUAACUUUUUUAGAACAAUUAAAGCACUCGAAAGAUUCUUAAAGAAUAAUAUCAUUAAGCUUAAGUCCUUCAGAAAAUACAUUAGCUGUUUGUAAUGAUGCAAUUAAUAUAUGGUAAAAAGGAGAAUCUGAUUAAUGGAUUUUCAAAUAUGCUGUUAAACCAGCAAGUAUCACAUAAACAGGUAAUAGAUUAAAAUUUUUAUCUGAUGAUUAAUUUAUUUGGAUACCAAAAAUGAUUGAUAGUAUUUGUGUAUUUGAAGUUUAGGAUGGAUUUUUCUAAGAAGAUUUAGAUAAGCAAAUUUAAUUAACAAAAAUUAAUGCUGAAGAUAAAUGUUAAACUCCAAUUUAAUUCAUCAGAGAAAAAAACUUAAUAUUAGUUAUACGUAAAACCCAUGUUUAUAUCAUUUAAAAACUUAAUAAUGGAACAUUUAAAGUAGCAGAAAGAUUAGGCCGUAAUGGUGCUAUUAUAAGUGGAGCUAUAUCAGAUAAUGGCUAAAAUUUUGUAUUAUGGGACACAAGUAAGCAAGCCUUUAUCACAUAUGAAAUUUAAUACAAUUGA